CGUGUUCGGGCGCGAGCGUCUCCGUGGGGGAACUUCCUGUCACGGCUGCCGCGGCCGCCGCCCGGGGGCCACGGGAGUCCCGGGCGGUGCGGGGCGAGAGCAGGCCCGGGUCGGUUCCGGAUUCGCCGCGAGACAGGUAUCUCGGCUGCCAAGAUGCCAGGGCCAAGACCUCGGAAGGGCCCUCAGGCCAGGGGUCAGGGUGUGGCAGCUGCCAAGCAGCUGGGGCUCUUUGUGGAGUUCAGCCCCGAGGACAUGCUGCUGGGGGUGGAGGAGACUGAAGAUGAUGGGGACCUGGAGGCGGAGCUGCUGGCCCUCACUGGGGAAGCAGGGACCACAGGCAGGAAGCCAGCCCCCAAAGGGAAGGCGCCCUUACCUAUGGCCCACAUCGAGAAGUUGGCAGCGGACUGUAUGCGGGAUGUGGAGGAGGAGGAGGAGGAGGAGGAGGAAGACGGGCUGGAGGACGAUACAGACUUGCUGACUGAGCUGCAAGAGGUCCUGGGUGCAGAUGGGGAAGCUGGGUCCCUGCAUGGCGAUGAGACAGCCAUCAUGGGUAGCUCUGAGGAUGAAAAGGGACAGGAAAACAUUGAACCUCCAGGGCAGACACCUCUCCUAACAGCCUCAGUCCCAGCAGCUCAGGCUGGAGGGCCUCAGGGGCUGCAGGCUCUGCUGGAAGAUCGGAUCCGCAAUUACCGGGAGGCUGCGGCCAGCGCCAAGGAGGCAGGUGAAGCAGCCAAAACCAGGCGCUGUGAGCGUGGCCUGAAGACCCUAGAGUCCCAGCUGGCUGCUGUGAGGAAAGGCAGGACGAUCAACGAGGAGGAGAUCCCACCUCCAGUGGCCUUGGGCAAGAAAUCCCCGGCCCCUCAGGAAACAACCAACAGGAGCCCUGAUGCAGACCUUCCCGUUCCCCCCACCACGUCGCCAGACAACCCUUCUCAGCCUGAGACGAGCUUGGGCGGCCCUGGCACAUCUGCCCCACCCGGUUCAGACCCAGACCCCCGGGCCCUGUUGUUGGCCCGACAGAGGGAGUACAAAGUGGCUGCCCUGAGUGCCAAGCGGGCUGGAGACCUGGACCGUGCCCGAGAGCUCAUGAGGAUUGGGAAGAGAUUCGGUGCCGUCCUGGAGGCCCUGGAGAAGGGGCAGCCUGUGGACCUGAGUGCCAUGCCCCCAGCACCUGAGGACCUGAAGCCCCUCCCACAGGCUUCCAAGGCCCUCACAGCACCCACAGUCAUACCCCCAGCAGUGGAGCGAGUGCAGCCAGUGAUGGCCCCUGACACCCCAGCAACCCCAGUGGCCCUUGCUGAGCCACAGACGGUGCUGGACGCCCUGCAGCAGAGGCUGAACAAGUACCGUGAGGCAGGCAUCCAGGCCCGGGCCAGUGGGGAUGAGCGCAAGGCCCGGAUGCACGAGCGCAUUGCCAAGCAAUAUCAAGAUGCCAUUCGAGCGCACCGAGCAGGACGCAAAGUUGAUUUUGCUGAGUUGCCGGUUCCUCCAGGAUUCCCCCCCAUCCCUGGUCUGGAGCCCAUCACAGGCAUUGAGGCGGAUGCAGUAGCAGCUGCUUUAGCAGCUGCCCAGAAACUGGCCUCUGAGGAAACAGCCCCAGCAGAGGAAGAUGGGGAUGAGGAUGAGGAUGAGCCUCCAACCCAGGCCCCAGUAUCUAAGAAGCCUCUGGUAUCUUCCUCCCGGGCCCUGCCUGAGCCCAAGGCCUCGAGUUCUAAGGAGUCACUGAGUCCCUCUGUGCGGGAGCAGCUGGCACUGCUAGAGGCUCGCAAACUGCAGUACCAGCGGGCAGCCCUGCAGGCCAAGCGUGGCCAGGACCUGGAACAGGCCAAAGCUCACCUGCGGCUGGCCAAACGCCUCGAGGCUCAGAUCACCCAGGUCCGAGCCGGCAGACCUGUGGACCUCGCCAAGGUGCCUUCACCCUUGACGGAUGAGGAGGGUGACUUUAUCCUCAUUCACCAUGAAGACCUGCGCCUCUCCCAGAAGGCCGAGGAAGUGUACGCCCAGCUACAAAAAAUGCUUCUGGAGCAACACGAGAAGUGUGUGCUGUUCUCCAAGCAGUUCAUGCACCAAGGCAAUGUGGCCGAGACUACCCGGUUUGAGAAGCUCGCUCAGGACCGCAAGAAGCAGCUUGAGAUCCUACAGCUGGCCCAGGCGCAGGGCCUUGACCCUCCUAGCCACCACUUUGAGUCAAAGACAUUCCAGACUGUGAGGAUCUUCUCGGAACUCAACAGCACAGAAAUGCAUCUGAUCAUUGUCCGGGGAAUGAACCUCCCAGCUCCUCCAGGGGUGACCCCUGAUGACUUGGAUGCUUUUGUGCGGUUUGAGUUCCACUACCCUAACUCGGACCAGGCUCAAAAAAGCAAAACAGCCGUGGUGAAGAACACCAACUCUCCAGAAUAUGAUCAGCUCUUCAAAUUAAACAUCAACCGAAAUCACCGGGGCUUCAGAAGGGUGAUCCAAAGCAAAGGAAUCAAGUUUGAAAUUUUCCACAAAGGAUCCUUCUUCAGAAGUGACAAGCUGGUCGGCACAGCCCACCUGAAACUGGAGCGGCUGGAGAAUGAGUGUGAGAUCAGAGAGAUUUUGGAGGUCCUGGAUGGAAGGAAGCCCACUGGGGGCAAGCUGGAGGUGAAGGUGAGGCUGCGGGAGCCUCUGAGUGGCCAGGACAUACAGAUGGUCACCGAGAACUGGCUGGUCCUGGAGCCUAGGGGCCUGUGAGUUUAGACUUACUUCCUGUGCUUUGUGCCUGUGCUUCAGACAGUCAGCGCUGGGAGCGGAGUCAGGCCAGCGGCUGUGUGCAGAAGCAUACUUUGCCCAGCUUUGCUGGCUACAGAAGCCUUUGUACAUAGGGAGCGAGAUGCUGCUACACAAACACCAAAGACCUGUACGUACGUGCAUUACUGACCACGGCCCUGGUCCCUCCUGUUGCUGGCCCCUUCCUAGGCCUCCACACCAAAGCAGGCUGGAUUCCAGGAGGCUGCUUCCCCUUCCCUCUGGGCAAAAGCAAGGAAACCCUCAUUGCUCUGUGCCAUGGAGUCUUGCAGCCCCUGAACCCCUGUGUAGCAACUGUGUGCAGCUUACCCUAGCCCCUAGUUGCAACAUUUCUGAAUGUGCCUUUAAAAAAUAUAACUGUAGAGGAUGGGAGAACCGAGAGUGAUUGGAAACUCCCCUGCUUGGGGUGGUGCAGGUUCCGUGACUCGGUUGUCAGUGGCGGCUGUGCCACAGCUCGGUUUCCGCCCGCUCUGCCUGUGCCUUGUUUCCUGACAGCUGCUGCACUAGCUCCCUGCUCCCCAAGCUCUCAGUGGAGGGAGGAAGUUGUGUUUUGGACUAUAGGGUGGGAAGUAGGCAAGGCUGUACCUUGGGUUCGGUCUGAGAACCUAACACAAAAAGACUGCUAACUGGGGGGAUACAAAAAUUUAUGUACCUUUUUAAUAAACUACGUCUAAUUCA